CGGUGGCUUUUCGGUAGCAACCGUCGCUUCGGACACAUCAAACGCCUUUUGGACGUCGUCUGGUCGAGUGAGGUGAACAACGGUUCAAUUUUUCCGCAGCUGUGCGUGUGUGUGUCCGUUGCGCGUUCGUUGAAGUGAGUGUGUCACCGUUCCCCAUAUCCAUCACACCCUAGCGCAGUGCUGCAGAAGAGGUUAAAGUGUGACCGAGGCUGGAAAAGAAGGGCCGUUUUUAACAGGCAAAGUGCAGCCACCCAGCCAGAAGCGUGUGUGUACGUGUGUGUACGUGUGUAAGCCAAACACCGUUAAGGAAGAAGUACGCCAAAAAAAAGGUCAGCGUGUGCAGGUGCUUCUAAGUGCGUGAGUGUGAUACGACGGUUGAGUGCGUGCGUGUGUGCGUGUGUGUGUCGAUAAGGAUAAGCCUGAUAACCUCCCUGCCUCUUGGAGCUGCCUCAACCUAGCAGUACCUGCACUACCACUACUACUACUACGACUGUGACCGAGCCCGUCUAAAACCCACAGAAAACAGCACAGAAAAUAUGAGUGGAGAACAGCAAGCAGAGUCGGCCCCAGAUGGUCUUGCACCGGGUGCAGCGGCGGGCGGCGAGCCGGGAGCGGAUGGAAUCGUCGGAGGACCACGGACGCCUCAGCAGAUCGCGGCACAGAAGCGACUGCAGCAAACGCAGGCACAGGUCGACGAGGUUGUGGAUAUCAUGAAGACGAACGUCGAGAAGGUGCUGGAAAGAGAUCAGAAGCUGUCGGAACUGGACGAUCGAGCCGAUGCGCUGCAGCAGGGCGCGUCGCAGUUUGAACAGCAGGCCGGCAAGCUGAAGAGGAAAUUCUGGCUACAGAAUCUAAAAAUGAUGAUAAUAAUGGGCGUCAUUGGUCUCGUCAUACUCGCAAUUAUUGUAGCGAAAUUCAUGCCUGCCGAUCAACCGCAGCAACCGAUGAUGAUGAUGGGCGGCCAGCCGAUGCAACAGAUACCGAUGCAGCAGAUGCCGGCCGCACCACCGGCCCAACCGGCUGCACCGGCCGCCCUGGUACAGGACGUUUCCGCCCUGCUAACUGGCGGUGGCGCUCAGCUGAUCAAGAACUAAGCGGUGAUCAGGACGAGGUUCCGGACAGUGCAACAACAACAACAACAACCACCACCACAACACCUGUCGACGCAUGAAUUGGUUGGUCAUGGAGAACAACAACAACAGUACGGAAAGAAACAAUGGAAGAAAUGAAGAUCAAACAAACGUUACAACACAUAGAAAGAGAGAAGAAUGGAGUGAAAAGUGAAGAAGAAGAAGAAGAAUAUGAAGAAAAAAGAAUAAGAAGCACCAUUACUAUCCAUGUACUAAAAAGAAAAGAGAAACAAACAAACACACACAUAUACACACUCACAUUACAUCGUCGUCAUUCGCAUGGAGUUUAAGAACAUGAAACAAAAACCAAACAAACAAACAAGCAAAUACACAAAAGUAGAAACACAAAAAAGUGGAAACAAACCGGAAUGUACUAAUGAAAACAACAACAACAAAAACAAAAAAUCGCUAUUGCAUUUAAGUGAGAUACUUCCAGUAUAAGAAGACAAACAAAAACAAACGAAAUAAAUACAACACAUACCGUUAUAGGAAGAAACAGAGCAACAUAGAAAGUAGUUAAAAGACAGAAGAAAAGAAAAGAAAAAACAGCAGGCGUAAAGAGAUCAAGAGAAAGGGCAAAGGAUAUAAAGUUCAGAAGAAAGGAAAGAGAGAAAGAGAGAAAAAGAGAGAGAGAGAUUAAAGAGAGAAUAAGGAAAAGGGACAAAGACAUCAGCUAUUACGGUGUGUUACCGAUACUUCCUGCACGAGGACCGCCCCUCAUCCCUCCCCAAUAUUCUUCACGUAUGCGCUUCGAACCCGUUGUUCUAAACGAUCCGUUGCGCAAACGGUGGUCCAGGGUUCGGAAGCAGAGAGUUUCAAAUUGGUGGAAAAUCACUUCGACAACCGAAAGUUCAUCUGCUCCAUCCAGAUUGGAUGCGUGUGUGUGUGGGGACAGGUUGUUUUUGUUUUAUGGCAGCAUACACGGAAAUCGCUGUAGUACAGUUACACUCCCGUGCAGCUACUUUUCUGUUUUUGUGUUGGUGUGUUAUACGUAUACUUGCAAAGGCAAAUCUCCUCAGAAAGGUGUUCACGGGUGCGGCGGUGUGCUGAUGAGUUGGUUGGUCAUGGUAUAAUGUUUAAAUUAAAUUAACAAAAAAAAAUGAAAAAAUGAAAGAAAACUUCAUUCAAACAUUCCACAGACACACACACACACAUAAAGAGUCUCACGUUCACACAGCAUAAUGUUACAGUUUGAAGUUUUAGUAAAAUUACACCCACACGUGAAGCGGAAAGUAUCGUGCAAAGAGAAGGUAUAAAAGCAAGAGUGAGGAAGCAAGGAAAACAGGAAAACAAUGUAAGCGAAAACGGAGUGUAGCAAACAAAAACGAAUCGAGACAAAUUUCCUUACAUUAUUAUUAUGAUUAUUAUUGUUGCAGUUGCAGUCGAUCGUUCGCGCGGUGUAUGUGUAAAGUUGGGGGGCAGACAAUGCAGUUGGAGGAGAGGUGUGGUGUAGUAGGCAAGCACUUCAUUGAACCAUUCCCCCCCCCCCUUCAAUCAAACCUCCUUCAUCCUUUCCUUACAUUCUCCCCCAUCCCCAUUCCAGUAAACAAUGAAGCGAAAGCUGAAGGGAAAACAUUCGAAUGAGCGAACAGAAGAAGAAGAAGAAAUGUCUAUACUAAUGCAUUAAACAAAACCAAAAAAAAAAUAGCAACAAGCAACGAAAACAUGAAAAGAGCAUAAACUAUGUCAGCUACUUAAAACACUUAAAUAUUGCAACAAUAAACAGAAUUAUUUCCACGGAACGGAUUCCGAA